GUUUUCAUGCAGAACUGGGUAACCAUUUUUGGUACACCCAUAACAAUAACGACGGAUAGAGGAGCGCAAUUCGAAUCCGAACUAUUUAAUAACUUGGCUAAACUUCUAGGCUCCAAUAGGAUACGCUGCACUGCAUAUCAUCCUCAGGCUAAUGGGAUGGUAGAACGUUUUCACCGUCAGCUAAAAGCCGCCCUUAUAUCUCACUCAAACCCCAAUCAGUGGACAGAAUUCCUACCAUUAGUUAUGUUGGGAAUACGAACAUCUGUCAAAACUGACGCACAGUGUUCAGCUGCGGAACUGGUUUUCGGAACAACUCUGAGACUACCAGGUGAAUUUAUUAACCCCAAUACUAACAGUCAAAAACUUAAUUUAGGAAACUACGUAGAUCAACUACGGGACCACAUGUCCAAACUUAAGCCAAUUAAUACUCGCGAACAAUCGCGUGCCGUAUAUGUACCUAAAGACCUAAGCAAUUGCACGCACGUCUGGAUAAGAUGUGACAAAAUAAAAGCACCACUUAGCCCUCCAUUUGAAGGUCCUUUCAAAGUCGUCUCAAGAAAAUCUAAAUAUUUCGUGAUAGAAAAACAUGGAAACAUCGACACAGUAAGUAUUGAUAGGCUAAAGCCGGCUUAUCUAGAUCAUGAACCACCAUACGUGUUGUUAGAUCGUUUAACUGACAAAUCCAUUACGGAAUCGAAAUGCAAAAACGAUAAAUCUUUACAAAUGACUAAAACGGUUCGCUGGGCACAUCCGAUUAGCCAAUCAAGGAUGUUGACAGUUUCAGCUGCAGGAUAAAAUCUAACCACGUAGCUAAUCAGACCCUUCAUCUACUUAAAAAUAACUUUUCUCCUCAUUCCGCCUCACCUACAACUCCCCAGACCUUUUGCCUUUGAUAUAUAAGUGUUAUGUUAAAUUUUUUUUAAAUACUGGACACAUAAGCUAGGUAUUCCGAAACGAUGGCUGCGGAUUUUAAUCAAACUCAUACAACUAACACUGGCAAAUACAACGAAUUCAAAAAGCAACCCAGGCGAGUUUUAUAAUUUCUUUUUCUGGUUAAUUAACUAUGUUGGCUGUACUUCUUAUAUAUCUAUAUACAUUUUUCACGUAGACUGGCUAUACAUAUAUACCAUAUGAACUACUUCUAAAAGUUUUCGGUCGAAGAUGUGUUUAGUAGCUUGAUACGCUUAAUACUACUAUUAAUAAGUGGUUUUCUAGACAAAACAUUUUGGAUUAAACUAUGGUCAAAUACUUAAUAAAGUUCUCAUCAUUUUUUUUCAUGUUUAGGAAACUUACAUAAUGACUUAACCAGUUUUCCUACAGCAUGCUUUUUAGUGUGAUCAUAUAACCCAUCAUUAUUGGCAAUAUUCAAAAUUUUUUUUAAAUUUCUGACAUUUAAGAAUCAAUAACCGUGAAGAUAUAGUACAGUGCGUUACUGUAAGGUUACUAUGUUAGCCGCAUUGAUUCCACAUACCUAAUUUUAAACACAACUUAUAAGGGAACUGUUAAGUAAUCACAACAUUGAACUAAUAUGCUAUGCUAACGUUAAACCAAUUAUUAUUAGUGGUCCAUACAAAAUCCUGGAACUUAACACUAGCGUUAUAAAAAACGUGUUAUGUCAAUAACUUAUAUAUAUAUAUAUAUAUACCUUUUUUUUCUCGUUGGUUUAAUUAUAACGUAAAAUGGAAAUCUACCACACUUGUAGUUUUUUUUUCUAUAGCAUUAUUAUUAAUAAAAACAAAGAACUUGUACUAUUCCAAUAUGGCACUUUGACAUAUCAAUCCGUCCUCCUGUUAUCUUUCUCUCAUAUCUGAGCAACAUAUGGCCAACAAACAUCGUAUUGAAGGGGGUUUUGGUGAACGAAAACGCUAGCCCCACACGCACUCGAACCUCUGCCCUCCUGGAUGCUAGACCGUGUGCCUAGCCAUUAGACCACAUCAAACCACGGGCGAAUGACUGCAAUCUUUCCUUUUACCGAUUAAUCGUAUAUAAUACUAAUGAGUAAUAGGACUUACACAUUUCUAAGGUGCAGACAAAUUCGUUACUUGGAUGAAUUGACGAAAUAUUGUUUCAAUAUAUCAUACAUACUUAGAUCAAACCAGAAAAGAGUAUUUGACACAAUUGUACUUAAUCCUCAGAAUCUACACAAUUUUUUUCUCCUCCUUAACCGUAUAUUCUUUUCCGUUUUGUGGAGUACAACUAUGCACCCUUGGGGCAACGCUCCUAGGGUAUCGUCCACUGAUGGGGGUUGCGAGCACUUGAAGGUCAAACUGUCGCAAAAUGAUUGGUGCGUCUCAUCGACAAUUCGUGAAAAUUUUCAGAAGCGGUCAAAUCAAGACAUUUUUGGAUUUGAAUUGAUUUCAGCUACACUAUGUCUGAUAACGUUCAUUCUUCUAGUAACGAAGACGACUCCAUCGUGAUGAUGCAUGAUAUAGGCCGAAUCUUCAAUGAUAUUAUAUUAUCUCGAAGAUUUACAAGUUGGGACAAUUUUGAGACCUGUUUGAAAGAAGUACAUAAGGUAAUAUGACCUCUGGGGUUAAUAAUUAUUUUUUUAGUAUACGCAUACUAAGUACGUUAUGUCAGUAUGCAAAAAGAACAGUGAUGAUCCAACUCUAAAGUACUUUUUCGUGAGAUAUGUCUGUACAUAUGGACGUAAACGCAGUUCGUCAGAGUCAGAUGCUUGCGUUCAGGAUGUAGAUGAUGAUAGUAAUAAUCAUUCUUCUGAAGAGCAUACAACUUCUAACUCGCCAACACAACCUAGGCAAAGGAGACGACGUCGGUCAUCUACGUAUGCCUUACUUCAAAUGAAUUUAUCCUUCAGGUCGAAAUAUUGCCACUGUCAAUCAGGAUUUUGGGUCCGGGCACUGAAUGGUGAGUUGAAACUCACCUCUAUUAAAACCGUGCACAACCAUCCUUGCACAGAAGGAUAUAUUUCUGUCGAUCCAUCGAAACGACAGUUGACCUCAAGUGAACGCUUGUAUUUAAGAACGUUUCUACUGAGUAAUACACCAACUCGUAGCUUACGGUAUCUGGUUUCUUUGAAGUUCAAUAAACAACUUACCAAGGACGAUAUCGCCAGAAUGCGUUCACAGUUGUACCCAGACACUAAAAAUAUCAAUAACAUUUUACAGCGCAUUCAAGGAAAUACUGAAGUUAAAGUAUUCUAUGAAAAUGGGAACAUGUCUAUGAUUUGCUUCAGCCGCAGAGAGCAAAUAGCUGUUUACCACGCGUUCCCGGAAGUAAUAUGUAUUGACUCGACUUAUCAGACCAAUAAAGUCGGCUUUCCACUGUUCCAGCUAGUGGUCACUGAUAGUCUUGGGCAAGGGCACACUGUUAUGUAUGCUCUUUGCAGUCAAGAACGACGCGAAGAUAUCGAAAAACUAUUGGAAUGUUUUAAAGAGAUAAUGUGCGGUACUUAUGCUACACGCACGUUCAUUAUGGAUUCGGCAGCGACCGAAAUUUCGGCUGUGCAGUCUACGCACAGUCAUUCUAACAUAAUACUUUGUUCAUUCCAUGUCCUAAGAGCGUUUUUCAGGAAGUUCCGAAAUCCUGAUGUGCGCAAAUGCUUGGAACAGCUUGUGAAGACUAGACGGUCUGAUAUAUUUACUCGAAAGUACGAACAUCUAAGAACGCAUUUUCCACGGGCGUAUGAUUACAUAAAAGAUUACUGGAUUGCUAGGAAGUCAAUGUGGGCUCGCUGUUACCGGCGACAUGUAUUAAGCCUGGGCAACCACACAAACAACCGUGUCGAAAGUGCUCCUAAACACCUAAAAGAAUGUCUCAGAAGAGGUGAUUCCCUAUUAUUGACGUUCUGGAAAAUUUGGAGUAAAACAGACAUUGAUGUACGUUUGCGUCCUUAUGACGCUGUGAAGGAUCUUCAACGUUUUCCUAUUCUUCAGGUUCCAAUGUCAUUUCGAACUCUUCUAAAUGAGUUCACAUCUUUUGCAGCUAAAAUUGUAGCUGUAAAUUAUAAACGUGUUCGGACAAUGAGACACGAAUUUAUAGAAGGAGAAUACAUCCGGUGCUACGACAAGGGUAUGAUGUAUGUUGUUGAUACUUCACGUGCACGAUGUGCUUGUGAGCGUUUCAAUGACUACAUGCUGCCCUGUGGUCAUAUUUUGUAUGCACAUUCUAAAGAUCUGAUUCGCGGAGACUUAUUUCGACAUAGCAACCGGUGGACAAGAAAAUACAUAAUGGACCUGGUUCUUCGUGCGCUGGACAACAUCUCAAUCUCUACAGGGAGUGAUGAUCUGCUAGAGAAGUUCACUAGCAACUGCCACUCAAUCCAUGCUCUUAGUGAACCUAUGGCAAGUAAACUCAUCCGUUCAUGCCUCGAAGCAUCGGAAGACAUAUGUGCACAGUUGAUGAGUUCAGUCGGUGCUAAUGAUGAAGCUACAACGUCAGAAUCCAUUGUUAAUGCAGACCAUAGCUAUGCUUCUUGCUAACAAGAAGUUCUAAUAUUGUAAUCUUUUUAGUUUUACAUAAAUUCAUUUAUAUGGCCA